GGAGAGAAUGAGUACUAUAAUGGUUAAAAUACCUUUUUAUCCCCAGUUUUUAUGAUUAUUACAGAUUAACCCUUUCUUCGUUCACCGUUGUGUGUUCCAAACCAACGGUGGCUCUCAACCUGUUUCACCAACUGCAAAGUACAAUUUGGUGUUUGAAUCUCUUCAAUGGCGGCUUCCUUGUACAACUCCACCUGCUGCAUAUCCCUACCAAACCCUACCAAACACACACGCUCUUUCUAUCACCACUUCUCUUUCAUUUCCCACCCACACACAAACCUCACAAAUCCUCUCUCCUUGGUGGCCGGUAACCGAGAGAGAGGAAUAACAAUCUCACCGAAAUGCCGUGUGCUCAAAGACGAAGGAGUGAAUGGGAGUGCGGAGGACGAGAGCUACAACUAUGAGGAGGACAAGCAAUUCGUGCGGUGGUUCCGGGAAGCAUGGCCUUACUUGUGGGCAUAUCGCGGUGGCACAUUUGUUGUCAUUAUUUCCGGCGAAAUCGUUGAUAGUCCUUUCCUGGAUCCCGUUAUCAAGGAUAUAGCUUUUCUUCAUCACCUUGGAAUCCGGUUUGUUCUUGUACCAGGGACCCAUGCUCAAAUUGAUCAGCUUUUGUAUGAGAGAGGGAGUGAGCCUAAGUACGUUGGUAGGUAUAGAAUAACUGAUGAUGAAUCUCUAGCUGCUGCAAUGGAGGCGGCUGGGAAAAUAAGGCUGCUGUUAGAAGCAAAGCUUUCACCUGGACCCGCCAUCUGCAACAUCCGCAGGCAUGGUGACAAUAGUCGUUGGCACGAAGUUGGUGUCAGUGUUGCCAGUGGUAACUUUCUUGCAGCCAAGAGAAGAGGGGUUGUCAAUGGAAUUGAUUUUGGGGCAACCGGGGAAGUUAAAAAGGUAGAUGCAUCUCGCAUGCGUGAGAGGCUUGAUGGUGGUUGUGUAGUUAUUUUAAGCAACUUGGGCUACUCCAGCUCUGGAGAAGUACUAAAUUGCAACACCUACGAAGUUGCAACAGCUUGUGCCUUGGCUAUUGGAGCAGACAAGCUAAUAUGCAUUAUAGAUGGUCCAAUACUCGAUGAGAGUGGACGCCUAAUUCGUUUCUUGCCUGUUCAAGAAGCAGACAUGUUAAUUCGUAAACGGGCAGAGCAAAGUGAAAUAGCUGCUAACUAUGUGAAAGCUGUUGACGUUGAAGGUUUCAACUCUUUCGAGCAUAGCAAUAUUAAUGGGACAGCCCAAUCUUCAACCAAUGGCAAACCUUUUACUGGGUUGAAUAAUGCAACCUUUCAUAAUGGUGUUGGUUUUGACAAUGGAAAUGGUCUAGGGUUUGGGGAGCAAGGUUUUGCUAUUGGAGGUCAAGAGCGACUUAGUCGAAUGAAUGGUUACCUGUCAGAAUUGGCUGCUGCAGCUUUUGUUUGCAGAGGUGGUGUUCAAAGAGUUCACUUGUUGGAUGGCACUAUUGGUGGAGUUUUGUUGUUGGAAUUGUUUAAAAGAGAUGGCAUGGGAACAAUGGUAGCUAGUUGCAAUAUACUAUCUGCAUCAGCGCGGCAGAUUAUUCGUGAUGUUUUACUUGAAAGACGUUUUUCAUUUUCCUAUCCGUCAUUUACAAUUUGCAGUGACCUAUACGAAGGCACUCGGAUGGCACAGAUAACGGAUCUUGCUGGAAUAAAACAAAUCAUUCAGCCUUUGGAGGCAUCUGGCAUAUUAGUGAAGCGGACUGAUGAAGAGCUACUAAAAGCGCUGGAUUCCUUCGUUGUCGUUGAAAGAGAAGGUCAAAUAAUUGCUUGUGCUGCACUUUUUCCUUACUUUGAGGAGAAGUGUGGCGAGGUAGCAGCUAUUGCAGUAUCUCCUGAUUGUCGAGGCCAAGGACAAGGAGACAAAGUGCUUGAUUAUAUCGAGAAAAAAGCAUCAUCGCUUGGAUUGAAUAAGCUUUUCCUACUUACUACUCGGACGGCAGAUUGGUUUGUGAGGCGUGGAUUUUCAGAGUGUUCAAUCGAUGCUAUUCCCGAAAGGCGAAGGAAAAUGAUCAAUCUGUCUCGCAAUUCCAAGUAUUAUAUGAAGAAGCUUCUACCAAAUACAAGCGGAAUAACUGUAGGAAAAAUUACUGCAAAUUAGCCCACUUUCUUUUCCUGCAAGAUGUUAGGCACUUACUAGAUAAUAAUAAUUAGUAAUAAUCUAUAUCGUAUGGUAGAUGGAAAUUCAGUAUAUGUAACAGGUCUUCUCCAUGUAUCCCUUAGUUUUCCAUUGAUAUUCACUGUUAGUAUUUAAUAUUUAAUUAUUUAUAUUCAAUAACCCUAAUUUAGCCUUAAAUCCCGUAUUACCCAGAAGCCAGAAUUCAACUAAACGCAAUUAGUAUCAGCCUUCCAGCGUGGUUUAGAUUUGCUUACGUAAACGCAUGCGGUUAUUGGGUAAAACCGUUUCUAAGGUCGCAAUCCAAUUUGGAAGAUGUUUUGAUUCUUCGACCAAAUAUAUUGUCCUAC